AUGAAGACCGUUUCCAUCAUCACCUCCGUCCUCCUCGCCUCUGUUUCCCUCGUCUACUCCACAGCCCUCCCUCCAACCUGCGGAACCUGCAAUCCCCUCUCCGGCCAGAACCACUGCGACAUCACCACCUCGUGCAUCAACACAGGCACCCGCUUCCACUGCGCCUGCCGUGCCGGCUACAAGGCCUCGCCCAACAACAAGGACAUCGCCAAGCAGUUCCGUCUCAAGGUUCCCCACUACCAGUUCCUGGUCUUCACGCCAGAGAGCACCGAGUGCAACACCCUCUGCGACAACCCCUACGGAGCGAGCCCGGAUCUCUGUGUGGAGAUUCCAAUCUAUGACAAGUGCGCUGUUUGA